AUGUCCAGAUCAACACUACCAGUUGAUGUAUUCUUUAAAAACUUUCGAUUUCUGAAGAAGACUGUUGUUGUUAAAAAUGAUGAUUAUAAUGCUGCAUAUAAAGCUCUAUCAAAAAUACUGACUACGGAUAAAGUUAAGAAUACAAUCAAAGCUCAAGAAUAUUAUGAAAGACCUACAGUAUGGAGACGCAGAAUAAUGUAUGAACGUUGUAAACGUAUAUAUGAUUCUGAAAUGGCUAGAAAAAUUUCACUUGUAGUACGUACAAAUAGAAUAGAUCCAUGGCCACGUUAA